CAUGAACUGAGCAAAUGAGACAGAAAGAUGGCCCUAUUGAUUACAGUAGUUACUUGCUUCAUGAUUAUUCUUGAUACCUCCCAGUCUUGUCAUACCCCAGAUGACUUCGUGGCUAUCACUUCUCCUGGACAUAUCAUGAUUGGUGGCUUGUUUGCCAUUCAUGAAAAAAUGUUGUCCUCAGAUGACCAUCCCAGACGACCACAAAUCCAGAAAUGUGCUGGCUUUGAAAUAUCAGUGUUUCUUCAAACUCUGGCUAUGAUACACAGCAUUGAGAUGAUCAAUAAUUCAACACUGUUAUCCGGAGUCAAGCUGGGAUAUGAAAUCUAUGACACUUGUACCGAAGUCACAGCAGCAAUGGCUGCCACUCUGAGGUUCCUCUCAAAAUUCAACUGCUCUAGAGAAACUGUGGUCUUUCAGUGUGACUAUUCCAGCUACAUGCCAAGGGUCAAGGCUGUCAUAGGUGCUGGCUACUCUGAAACAUCCAUCGCGGUCUCAAGGAUGCUGAACUUACAGCUCAUGCCACAGGUGAGUUAUGAAUCCACUGCAGAAAUCCUGAGUGACAAGAUCCGCUUUCCUUCAUUUUUACGGACUGUGCCUAGUGACUUCUACCAAACUAAAGCAAUGGCCCACCUGAUCCGACAAUCGGGAUGGAACUGGAUUGGUGCCAUAACAACCGAUGAUGAUUAUGGAAGACUAGCUCUCAACACAUUUGCAAUACAGGCUGCUGAAAACAAUGUGUGCAUUGCCUUCAAAGAGGUUCUGCCAGCCUUCCUCUCAGAUAAUACCAUUGAAGUGAGAAUUAACCAGACUCUGGAGAAGAUCAUUGCAGAAGCCCAGGUUAAUGUCAUUGUGGUGUUUCUGAGAAAAUUCCAUGUUUUCAAUCUCUUCACGAAAGCCAUUGAAAGGAAAAUAAGUAAGAUCUGGAUUGCUAGUGAUAAUUGGUCAACCGCUACCAAGAUUAUCACCAUCCCUAAUGUUAAGAAGCUUGGCAAAGUGGUGGGGUUUGCCUUUAGGAGAGGAAAUACGUCUUCUUUCCAUUCUUUUCUUCAAACUCUGCAUAUGUACCCCAAUGACAAUAACAAACCCCUACAUGAAUUUGCCAUGCUCGUUUCUGCCUGUAAAUACAUCAAAGACGGUGAUUUGAGCCAAUGCAUAUCCAACUAUUCUCAGGCAACUUUGACCUAUGACACUACCAAGACCAUUGAAAACCACUUAUUCAAGAGAAAUGAUUUCCUCUGGCAUUAUACUGAGCCGGGACUCAUUUAUAGCAUUCAGCUUGCAGUGUUCGCCCUUGGUCAUGCCAUCCGGGAUCUGUGCCAAGCUCGAGACUGCAAGAAACCCAACGCCUUUCAGCCAUGGGAGCUACUUGCCGUGCUGAAAAACGUGACAUUCACUGAUGGAAGGAAUUCAUUUCACUUUGAUGCCCACGGGGAUUUAAAUACUGGUUAUGACGUGGUGCUCUGGAAGGAGACCAAUGGCCUCAUGACUGUCACAAAGAUGGCAGAAUAUGACCUGCAGCGUGACGUCUUCAUCACCACAAACCAAGAAACAAAACAUGAAUUCAGGAAACUUAAGCAAAUUCUAUCUAAAUGCUCCAAGGAAUGCAGCCCUGGUCAAAUGAAGAAAGCCACAGGAAGCCAACACAGCUGUUGCUAUGAAUGUGUGAGCUGCCCAGAAAACCACUACAGUAAUGAGACAGAUAUGGAUCACUGCCUUUUAUGCAACAAUGAAACCCACUGGGCCCCAGUAAGGAGCACUACCUGCUUUGAAAAGGAAGUGGAGUAUCUGGACUGGGAUGACUCCUUGGCUCUCCUCCUCAUUGCCCUCUCCCUACUUGGAAUCGCCUUUGUUCUGGCCAUUGGCAUAAUAUUUACAAGAAACCUGAAGACACCUGUCGUGAAAUCAUCUGGAGGAUUAGUGGUCUGCUACGUGAUGCUCAUCUGCCACGCCCUUAACUUUGCCAGCACAGGCUUUUUUAUUGGAGAACCACAAGACUUUGCGUGCAAGACCAGGCAGACCUUAUUUGGUGUGAGCUUUACUCUCUGUGUCUCCUGUAUUUUGACCAAGUCCCUGAAAAUUUUGCUAGCUUUCAGUUUUGACCCCAAGCUGACAAUGUUCCUGAAGUGCCUUUAUAGGCCUGUUCCCAUUGUUCUUACCUGCACGGGCAUUCAAGUGGUCAUUUGCACUCUUUGGCUGGUGCUGGCAGCACCUAGUGUGGAAGAGAAUAUCUCCUUGCCUAGAGUCAUUAUCCUGGAAUGUGAGGAGGGGUCAGCACUGGCAUUUGGUACCAUGCUGGGCUACAUCACAGUUCUGGCCUUCAUUUGCUUUGUAUUUGCAUUCAAGGGGAGGAAACUUCCUGAGAAUUACAACGAAGCCAAGUUCCUGACCUUUGGGAUGCUGAUUUACUUCAUAGCUUGGAUCACAUUCAUCCCUGUCUAUACUACCACAUUCGGCAAGUAUUUGCCCGCCGUGGAGAUUAUAGUCAUUCUGAUAUCCAAUUAUGGGAUUCUCUGCUGUAUAUUCUUCCCCAAGUGCUACAUUAUUCUUUGCAAGCAGAAGACUAACACCAAAUCAGCCUUCCUCCAGAUGGUUUACAACUACUCUGCUCACAGUGUGGACAGCCUUGCCUUGAGUCAUGUUUCCCUGGACUCCACCAGCUACGAUACUGCAACAACCAAUCAGAGCCCUGGUAACAAGAUGACAGCCUGUCAGAACGACAACCAUCUUCCUGCACAAGUGCUCCCACACACAGGCACGGCAAAGACUAUCAAAGCGUCUAAAACUUUGCGUCAGAAAAGAAGUUCAAGUAUAUGAUUGAGUUCCUAGGAGACGCUGUGAUCCCCAGUGAGAUGUUUC